AUGAAUAUGUUCCUGGGAAUCUUCCUCUUCCUGAUGCCCAUCUUCCUUGUCAUUUCAUGGGGAAGAAGAUCAUCAAAAAGACUGCCUCCAGGGUCAUUAGGAAUACCCUUUAUCGGUGAAAGCAUAGGAUUUCUUCGAGCCAUGCGUGCCAACACCACAGAAAAAUGGUUAGAAGAAAGAAUCACAAAGUAUGGUCCAAUAUCAAAGCUAAGUCUCUUCGGCAAACCAACAGUGUUUGUUUCUGGACAGGCUGCAAACAAGUUUGUAUUUACCAGCCAUAGUAGUGCAAUUUCUAAUAGGCAAAAUCAAUCUAUUCGGAUGAUUUUGGGUGAACGGAAUAUAUUUGAACUGAACGUUGAAGAUCACAAGCGAGUCAGAGGCGCACUUGUAUCGUUCUUAAAACCUGAAUCAUUAAAGCAGUAUGUGGGAAAAAUGGAUGUAGAAGUCAGGAAGCACUUUGAGAUGCAUUGGCAAGGCAAGCAACAAGUCAAGGUAUUGCCCCUGGCGAAGACCCUGACGUUCGACAUAAUUUGCUCUCUUCUAUUCGGGCUUGAACGAGGAGGUCGGAGAGAGGCAUUUUUGCCUUGCUUCCAAGAGAUGAUAGAAGGGAUGUGGUCUAUUCCACUUAACUUUCCCUUCACACGCUACAACCGCGGCCUCAGAGCAAGUGCAAGAGUUCAGAACAUGCUCAAAGACCUCAUACGUGAGAAGAGAGUAGAACUUGAGCAUAAGGCUGCUUCUCCUCAACAAGACCUCAUCACUUGCUUGCUUAGCAUCCGCAAUGAGGACAAUGAAGAAGCACUUGCUGUGAAUGAGAUUGUACACAAUGUUAUGGUCGUCAUGGUUGCAGGAUUUGAUACUUCAUCCGUGCUGGUAACUUUUAUAGUUAGGCUUCUGGCCAAUGAACCAGCUGUUUAUGCAUCUGUUGUUCAAGAGAAUGAAGAGAUAGCUAAGAGCAAGCCCUCCGGAGAGUUCCUAACCUGGGAAGACUUAGCCAAAAUGAAGUACACCUGGAGAGUAGCAAUGGAAACAUUGAGAAUGAUUCCUCCUGUAUUUGGUGGCUUCAGGAUCGCCCAGAAAGAUAUUGAGUUUGGUGGAUACCUAAUCCCUGAAGGGUGGCAAAUAUUCUGGACUACACCAAUAACCCAUAUGGAUGAUAGCAUAUUCCCAGAACCAUCAAAGUUCGAUCCAAGUAGAUUUGAAAACCAAUCGGUCCCGCCCUACUCUUUCGUUGCAUUUGGAGGAGGUCCACGAAUAUGUCCAGGAUACGAGUUUGCAAGAAUCGAAACCCUUGUCACAAUUCAUCAUCUGGUGACUCAGUUCACAUGGAAGAUGCUUGCCGACAAUUCCUUCUGUAGGGAUCCCACACUAGUACCAACUCAAGGACUACCUAUCCAACUCAUGCCAAAGAAGCUAUGUUAGCCCCAUGAGAUAUCUAGUUUGUUCUCUGAUGACUGGGUUUCAUGUGUGCAAAAUUAUAACUGGUAGCAA